CGAAAAAGUGGAGGGAAAAUACCUCCUUUUUAUAUACUUCCAUCUCCAGUUUCUUGACAUCAGAUACCGGGAUCAUCUGGAAGUGACUGAGACUUCAAAGGAUUGAGGAAAUAUAGAAGGGUGACAGUUAGAUCGUCCGACACCUGGUCACUUGAUAUAAUUUCACAACAUUGCUCAUUGGCGGUAUUUGUUGAAUUUAUUAAUUUUGUCAAAUAUCUAAUCCAAAAUCAAUCGUUCAUAAAAGUUGCUUCGAUCUUGCGCCUGAAAUUUCCAAAAUGGAGUCGAUGCUUCUGAUUGCGGUGGUUUUGAUGGCAAUUUUGAUGGCAGAAGGAGUGAAGUCAUGGACCGGCGAAAUCCACGGCAGAGUGGUGUGCGACGUGUGCGCCGACUCCUCCAUCGGCCCCGAAGAUCACGUUUUAGCAGGAGCUGAGGUGGCAGUGCUCUGCAUAACAAAGUCCGGGGAAGUCCUGAACUACCAGGCGUUCACAAAUUCAAAUGGGAUGUACACGGUGGCUGAGACGAUGCCAGAGAGUGAGCGUUGGGAUGCCUGUCUGGCGAGGCCGAUCAGCAGCUUCCACAGCCACUGCACGCAUCUGGGAGAUGGAAGUGCGGGCGUCAAGUUCAGUUACGACCACCCCUCUGGCAAUUCUCAUGCCGUGAGACCCUUCGUUUAUCGUCCUGUCAAAGCUCCUGUAUACUGCAUUUAGGAAUGGGGCAUUGUGCAAGAAAGAAGGAGUGGGAGUUGUAUGUAUACGUAUGGAAUAUAAUUAUAUAGAUAUGUAACCACAUGCCAAAGUGUGAUUUUCACAACCAAGAGUGAAUGCUGAGAAAAUGCAGUAUGUUUGAGCACAA